UCCAGCCAGCCAGCCAGCCGUUCAUUAUACGAUUGUUGGCAUCGAGUAAAGAAGUAAAAGCGCAAGAGAGAAGACGUGAAAAAGUUUUUGCAAGUGAAGAAUAAAAUCAGAAAAAUUGAACGGCAAAGCGGUUUAGCAGUGGAAAAGUUGCAAAAUUUGAGCUAAUCUAUGCACCUGAGCAAAAUCGGAACGACGCAUACGAGACUGCACCCAAACCUGCAGGAACAUUUCGGUGUUCGAACCAUCCUUUGCGGGACACUGUCCUCCGGUAGUGCUAAUCAGCAACCGCCCAGACGCGUUGUCGGUAAAACUGUGAUCCUCUGAAGAAAAAGAAGAAGUUCUCUGUCGAAUCAAAACGUUGACAUAACAAAAAAAAACAGACAUUCGAGCACAACAGAACCCAGCCGACGUUUUGUGUCGAGUUUGCGGUAGCUCACCAACCAAUUUAUUAAAGAAAAUAGCAGCACAUUCAAUUGUACAGAUAAAGACUUAUCAAGCGUAAUAUUCAUACAAAGUGCAUGGUGUUAAAAAAAGUUUUAUAAGUGAUAAGAAGAGACGAAACCUAUUAGAGCAAAAAGAAGGAAAAAACGAAGAAGUGAAGAGAGCAAGACUUUUUAAUUUAUUAUUUAUAUAUUAGCUGUAAAAAGUAAAACAAGAAGCAAAACAAGUUGUAAGCAGUUGAACGAAAAAAACGGAUCCAACACUACGUGAGAAAGCGAAUGAUACCAAGAUAACAAACAACAUUUUAACCUGUAAACAGAAACAGGAAAAGGUUGGAGAGCGUUGUUUUUUCCGAAGAAGCAAACAAGAGCGGCCAUCAUCAUCCCCGCCAGUCAUUUUUAGACUAUUGGAGAAUAAAAGCAGUGACGUUUGUAGCAUAAGUGUAAAAAGAAUCCAUUUAUAAGCGCAGAAUACUAGUAGAGUUAUAAGCCAAGCUAGACGCACUCUACUACAAUCAUCAUGAUGACUGAAACGCUGAAUUCUAAUAAUCACCUUAGCCAAAAAGGCGAGAACAAAAUGGAUGACAUGGGAUGGAAAGCCAAACUCAAACUACCGCCCAAAGAUAAUAGAGUUAAGACAAGUGAUGUAACGGAUACUCGUGGUAACGAGUUUGAGGAGUUUUGCCUGAAGCGGGAAUUGUUGAUGGGUAUCUUCGAGAAGGGCUGGGAAAAACCGUCGCCAAUCCAGGAAGCGGCCAUCCCGAUUGCACUAGUCGGUAAGGACAUCUUGGCGAGGGCCAAAAACGGUACCGGCAAAACGGGCGCGUACAGCAUCCCUGUACUAGAGCAAAUCGAUCCGACCAAGGAUUACAUCCAGGCGCUGAUCAUCGUGCCGACGCGUGAGCUGGCACUGCAAACAUCACAGAUUUGCAUUGAACUCGCGAAGCACAUGCAUAUCCGGGUAAUGGUGACCACCGGUGGAACCAACCUCAAGGAUGAUAUUAUGAGAAUAUAUCAGAAAGUUCAAGUGAUCAUCGCUACGCCCGGCCGUAUACUGGAUCUGAUGGACAAGGAGGUAGCGAAUAUGGCCAACUGUCGUAUGUUAGUAUUAGACGAAGCGGACAAACUACUGUCGCAAGACUUCAAGGGCAUGCUGGAUCAUGUCAUAAUGAAAUUGCCAAAAGAGCGUCAGAUUUUGCUGUUCUCGGCGACAUUCCCACUGAGCGUAAAGAACUUCAUGGAAAAGCAUCUGCGCGAGCCAUACGAGAUCAAUCUGAUGGAGGAGCUCACCCUAAAGGGUGUGACACAGUACUACGCGUUCGUCCAGGAGAGGCAGAAGGUGCACUGCCUUAAUACCUUAUUUUCCAAGCUCCAAAUCAACCAGUCGAUCAUCUUCUGCAAUUCGACACAACGUGUCGAACUGCUGGCGAAAAAGAUCACCGAGCUCGGCUACUGCUGCUACUACAUCCACGCCAAGAUGCAGCAGGCGCACAGAAAUCGCGUUUUCCAUGACUUCCGAUCCGGACUGUGCCGGAAUCUGGUCUGCUCUGAUCUCUUCACGCGAGGUAUCGAUGUACAGGCUGUGAACGUUGUUAUUAAUUUCGAUUUCCCCAAGAUGGCAGAGACCUACCUGCACAGAAUUGGCCGAUCCGGACGUUUCGGACACCUCGGUAUUGCCAUUAAUCUGAUCACCUACGAAGAUCGAUUCGAUCUUCACCGCAUCGAGAAAGAGUUGGGCACCGAAAUCAAGCCAAUCCCCAAGGUGAUUGAUCCCGCCCUUUACGUGCCUCGACCAGAGGAUCAAAACAGCACACAGGAGGAACAGAACAUUAGCAAAUAAGCGCCAUCAUUAGCCCCCACUAGUAGUAGGCAGUAGUAUGUAGUACAUCGUCCGAGGGCCGCUGGGACAAGUCCCUUGGAAUCUGCACCCGACCGACAAUUGUUCAGCCAUAGGCUGACCCUGCAGUUGAUACAUGAGAACAUAGAAAAAGUAAACCAAUAAGAAAAGGAUCACCUGCCCGACGUCGAUGUACUUCAAAGCUACAGACACAACCACAACAGAGAAAUGGAGUCUUCAAAUUAUUACACUUUUUUGUUAAACGGAAGGAAAACUUUUUAAGAAGCGUUCUUAUGGAAGAAGAAAGAUGCCGAUGAAUUCAAACAAAAUAUCCACAAACUUAAACUACUAUACUAUCGUGCGGAUGAGGCGUAUUGGGAUGGAAGUGACUGCUGAGCGAAUCCGAGGAAUGACCGAAGUGCGUGAAUGGGCGUGUGCUAGGAGGAAAAAAUCGCGUGGAAUCAAACUAUCAUCAUUGUCGCUGUGUAUAUUGGGAAAAACAAGCAGUAGGAAUAACUUCAGCACUUUUGUAUCCCAAUAAAUGGUAGACGAAACUAGCAAGAGAAAGCAGGAAACACUUCAGGCGGGUGCGUAACGUAGGCACAGCCCUUGCCAUUCAGAUUACCGAGCUGGAAGCUUAUGUAAAUAGGAAAAUUGGAACAACCAGUUGGACGCGACCAUAAUCGAUGUAGCCGUGGAUGAAAACAAGUAAAAAGAGUUCCUGGAGCCCAGCAUGGCCGCAUGUGCCACGUUAUCAUCCGCUGCUUUUCAUCUAGUGUAUUACUGCAAUACAUCCAUCAAAAACAACGGCACUCAACUACUGCGAAACCAAGCGAGAGAGAGUAUACAGAAGCAGCGCUUUACAAACUUAAGAGACGGAGAGCAGAUACGUUGAUCGGUAAGAAGCAAGUUUUUUUUUUUAAAUAGUGAAGAAUUCGAAAAGGAAAAUACACAAACAACAUACAACAACGGCAGAUCAAUGUGCAAUCUUACACUGACUGUGGAGCUGAUGCUAAUGGUAAACAACAGUUCACUGUUCUUAGUGGAUCAAAGUUAGUCUCGGGUUUGUGAAGAAAGUUUCACGCAAUCGCGCAGUCCACUGUAAAACGGGCUAAAUUUACUGUCUUCGUACUCAUCUCAAAUGCAUCGUCAAAUUCAUUUAUAGUCCCUUUUUGUAUUUUUUUUUUUCGUUUCGUUUAUCAUUUCCGUCAAAAAAUGAAUUGUAGAAGUUCAAGAAGAUACUGUUUUUGAAACGUUCAAUUUGGUUCUGUACUCACGAUGGAGGAGCCGCUCAUUGGACACUAGAACACAAGAAGAAGCUAAACCUGUUCUAAAUCUAUUGAAAUGUCGCUAUGUUCAACAGAACCAAGUCCAAGAUGUGCUUUCUUCCGCCGGUACUUUUUCCUCUACAAUUCAAUCAAAACAUUAAAAAAUUAUGAAUCAAUAGCAUAUUGUUUAUCAUCGUUUCCAAACUCGCAUCCACGUAACGUUUAUGAGGUAUUUAUAUAUUUCUUUUUUAAAAAUUCUAAAGCAGAAAAGACCAUUUCCAACUCACUUGGAAGUUUGAAAUGCUUUUUCCAGCUGUAGAUACUGAUGUUCAAAAGGAAAAUUUAUAUCGCUUUCGUACGGAUGAUUUCCGGUUUCAUUUCAUUAUUUACUGCAGAAAUGGCAUAUACGACAUCAACUGAACUGGAAAUCAAAAUACCAUCACCGAUUUUGAAUGAUUAUGCUUGUCAUGUUCCAGAUCAGUUGCCGUCGCGCUGUUUCGACAAACAACUUAUAGGUUAAGAAUUGAGGAGUCGGUUCUUCGUUUAAGAAGAAUUGAUUCUUCGCUAGGACACUAGUACACAGGAUUACAAUAACAUACGAUCUGCGGGUGCUCUCAUUCUGCUUCAUAUUUGGACUGAAUGGAAUUUCUAAAACAGCAAAGUUUCCGCUAUCCAGUGUACUUUAAAAAAAAAUCAGAAGCUGUUGACCGCAUCUCACCAUCCAACAUAUUCAAGCGGCAGCACUUGGGUUAAUAAUAUCAUAAGUUUAAUCCUAAACGAAAUUACACCCAAGAAAAACAAACAAUUGACUCGGGUGUUGAGAAUUUGUUAAGAGUUGAACACGGUUAACUAUGAACGUACCAGAAAUCUAUCAGGGUUAUUAAACCUCGAAAAUUGUGAAUCAAAAUCGCAACACCAAAGUCAGCAGUUUUUUUAAACUAUGUGUUCUUUUCUGAGCCUUGAAGGGAAUAUUAGUGUCAACAUCUUUUCCCUUUCAAGCGAUACUCAAUUGGUGGCAUUUUGGAACAACAUUUGAUAAAAAAACGGGAAAAUAAGCCCGACUCCAGAUGUGAUAAAUCGUUUUCUGAAUUAUUCCUAGUAGAAUUAGCACUGAUGAAAUUGGCGAAAUAAAAAUACUAGCGAUUGUCAACAUAAUGGAACGUGCAAUUUGAAUUUACGUAUAAGCUUACCAGCAGCGUUUCAAUAGCAUCGGCGCAUCAGAAUCUCCGGUACGUAAAUUUGAAUUGCAGGUAGAAGGAAGAUUCUUGACUUUCCAAGUUGCGAAAGUCUCAACAUUUACAGGGUGGGUCGUUUGUGCAGCAAGCGUAUAACGAAGCAAUCGAAUAUUAAAUAUCUGAAACAAUGGUAAAUCCAGGCAAAACAAUUGUGAUCUCUAUCAAUAAAACAAAUUAUAGGAAAAUACAAGUCACUUUCUUUAUUGUACUGUUUGACUUAGAAUUUUGCUGAUGAUUUUUUUCCAUUGAAGUGCAAUCUACAUUUGUAUUUUCAGUAUUUGAAUGCAUUGACUGCCACUGUUUCGUACUAAAAGAUUCUACAAAAGGUACAGUUUUUUUAGACAACUUUCACUUACUGAGAAUUAAAAAUAGUCCUUGUUUUUAAAGAUUCAUCAUUGUAGAAGCAUUUGUCUUGUUUUGAAUAAUAAAUUCUAUUUUCAACAUUGAAAUUAAUGUGCAAGUAAGAGAGUUAGACCGGCGAAGAGAAAACAAUUACUUCAUAGUACCUGUUAUUUACACGAACUAAGGAAGAUUAAUGCCAGAAUAGAAAAUAUUCCAAACGGGGUACGUACCAGUCCGACGAUCAGACCACAAACCGUUGCCUCAUUUUGGAAAAUGUACGGAGAUUCAUCACAAAUCAAAGCCAAGUUUUCACAUUUCAAAAGAAAUCCUCUCUCACCGUUUGCCUUACACGUACGAUUUUCUAGUGUCAAAAUUUCCGCGUAGCGACAAGGAUCGCUCAGAGAUUUCAGGUAUGCGUCCAAAUUUGCUCAAAACAACAGUUAACAAGCCUUUACUACUAGUAGGUGAGACAUUUCCAUACAAAUCAAUCCAUCUUCGAUCAGAUUACUUCUUGUGCCCGGGAUAGCAGUUUUGAUUGGCUUUGAUUUGUGAGAUAUAAAAUUAAAAAAAAAAACCGAGACACUGAAUUGAAAAAAUUAGUUCUAAAUCUAUUUCCUAUAAUUUCAAAUAGAAGUUUAAGGAAUAAAAUCAAACAAGGAAAACGACCGAAGCGAAAAUAAGUGAUGUGUGAAAACAGAUGAAAUCACUGUACCUGAUAUUUGUUAUUGUGAGAAAUAUGUUUAGAAAAGAUUUUAGAUCAAAAGAUGUGAAAGAAAAAAAAACAAAAAAAAUAAAACUGCUAUCAACAACCGAA